UAAAAAAGACCGUUGGCAUUUGAAAGGAGUACAGUAAGCCUAAGUAUAGGCUUUUUGGCAUAGUCAGGGUUAAUUCUUCGAUCAGAUAUUCUAUAAAUAUUCAUCGUGUACAAAACAUUUGAAUUUUUUUUAAAGUACAGUCCUUUAUAAUUUUGCAGCGAUAAAACAAGACUCACGAUGCUCAAGUUUGGGGCAAUAUUUGUCGGAUUUGUAGCAGUUCUAACUGGAGAGACACAUGCCUGUGGACGUCAGAAUGCUAAUGGUAGUCAAAACGGUACACAUGCCAGUACUGUAUGCAGACAAGGCUGGAUAAGUAAAGGUUCCGGAAAACUAAAGUACUGUUACUACAUUUCUGCAUCUGGCGAUGUCAAAUCACAAGCGAAAGCCACGGCAGCAUGCACACAAAAGAACGGGAUCUUGUUUUUCCCCUCUGAUUCUUAUGAAUCUAGAGAGUUUAACAGAUAUGUUAAAAGCAAUCAGAUAUCUACUCCUUUUUACUGGACAUCUGGACAUAAAGACAACUACCAAUGGACUUGGGGUGUUGACCCGUUUAAGUACCCAUUUCAGGCCCCUAAUUGGGCCGAAGGACAACCUGACGGUGCUCUUAAAGGAGAAUGCAUAGCAGUCCAAACACAAGGUGCAAUGAUGGAUGACCAGCCAUGUGGAAAUAAAUACAACUAUAUCUGUAAAUCACGAACAUAGGCUUAGGGAUUCAAACAAUGUUAUAAGAAUACAAUGUAUUUUUGAUUAUCUACAAGUCACAAACAUACAUGUUUGUAGGCCUAAGGAUUUAAACGAUGUUAUUACAAUGUAUAGAGUAUAAUGGACAUUCGAUUGAAAAUAAUACAUAUUAUUGUAGUGUUAUUUCUAUAUAUUUUCAAGCAGAUGUGGCCAAACAAAAAAUGUAUGUGUUAAGGUAGAUUCAUGGUAUACCGCCAUCUUGGACUGUACAAUCGCAGUUAUCAAUCGGUUUUUGUAUUUUCCCAAAUCUGCAAAUUAUGAUGCAUUUUUUGAAUUUUAUUAGAAAGACUGUCUAUUUAUA